AUGGCCGACACCGAUGAAGCGGCGAUCCACAUGCCGUCGCAGGAUGGGUCGGCGCAUAUCGAAGUCGACUUGUCCGAUGAGACGCAGGACUUUCGCAUGCUGAGCAACAUCUCCUUCCUUACAGAUGGCACCCAAGCGAGCAUCCCCAAACGAGGCGAGAAGGACUUCGAACCGAACCCGACGCUCUACCAGGCCGACAUCCUCUCCGCCUCCCGCCAGGCAAUGCACAACGCCCUCUCCUACCCCCGCAUCCACCACCCGAAGAAUCAGAUGAUCGGCGUGUACGCGCCCAAUGGACCGGCGCCGCCAUCCCAACACACGCCCUCGAAUCUCGAAUCGAUAGCGGAGGGGUCUCCUCAGACUUACGCGGAAGUACCGAGCACGACGACGACGACGACGACGGUAGGCAACGUCCAUCCCGACGCCUGCGUGUACGUCGCGAACCCUAAAUCCAAUCUCUUCAAGACCAUCGGCCAGGCGGACCGGUGGAACCGGAUCUGGCUCCUUCCGGAGGAGGCGUUGUUUAUGCUGGAGAGAGGGAGUUUGAAUAUCCAUUGGCCUCGUUCGGAGGUUGGGUAUGACGAGGAUGAGGAGGACGAGGGUGAUGAGAACAACACCGAGGACUCGGGAAUUCCGAUGAGCUUGCAGGCUGCCUAUGCGGCCUUUGCAUCGAGAGGCGGGCUGAACAGCGAGCGGUUCUCGGUGUAUACGGGGCUGCGACGGCUGGGCUACACGAUCACGCGGGCACCGGGCUGGAACGACGACGGGGAGGAUGCGGCUGGGAUCGAAGACUCGGGGUCGGAGGAAUCAGGGAAGCACGGCGCUGGAUUAGCCGGGAUCUAUUCGAGGUUCAUGGAGUGGCUCUGCCCGCCGAGUACCAACACGGCGUUGGGACCCGUUGCGGGAGUCGGAUUCCACCGCAGCUAUGACGAUAUCUACAGCAAACUCUCGAUAAUCCCCUGGUACGACCCGACGGCUGCUCCCCAAGCGGCCCGAUCCCCCGCGCAAGCGCCCUACCGAGUUGUCUUCCACGUGUACAAACCCUCCACCCCCUUCAAGAAGUCCGCGCCGCCGCCGCCGGAUUUCCGGAUCGCUGUGGUCGAGGCGCGUGCGCACACCUCUGUCCCCACCCUGUCGCAGUUGGGGGCUCUGCUCGAGAGCACGCCCCUGGAUCCCCCGACGAGCGAGAAGAUGAGCCGGCAGCUGUACAUGCGGCUGCGCCACGGAUACCGGAACGUGAUUCUCGCGGUGGUGGAUGAGGGGGUCGUGAGCUAUCUACGCAUCUCGGAGGCGGCCUUUGGCAAGGAGAAGCUUUACAAGCAGAAGGCGUUGGCGAACAAGACGCAGUACCGGCCGAAACCCAAGCCGAAAGGGCGAUGA